AUGACAGAAACCUUCAACCACACGGCAGGUAGACAGCUGUCUCAAAUGUUAUUUGCCGUUAUCUUCUUCCACUGUUCAGAGUAUGUUCUGGCAUUGGCCAUUCAGGGGAAAAACAAUGUAUCCCUAAAGUCUCUUUUAAUAAGCAGGAACUAUAUCCUGGCCAUGAUUUGUUCCUUGGUAGAGUACGUUAUAGAAAUAUAUUUUUUCCCGGGCACAAAAGAACACUGGUCCAUAAGCAACACGGGCCUAGCAAUGGUGGUAGUUGGCGAAAUUAUACGGAAAUCAGCUAUAAUAACCGCUGGUAGGUCUUUUACUCAUCUCAUAAGGAGAUAUCACGAUGAUGAUCAUGUAUUGAUAACUCACGGGGUUUAUAAGUAUACGAGGCACCCGAGCUAUUGUGGCUUUUUCAUAUGGUCAGUAGGUACACAGAUAAUGCUCUGUAACCCAUUGGCUUCAGUUGCUUUUGCGCUCCUUGUCUGGCGUUUUUUCCAGCAGAGAAUACCGUACGAGGAGUUCUUUCUGAGACAGUUUUUUGGUUCGAAUUACGAGGAGUAUGCUAGACGGACGGCAUCAGGGGUGCCGUUUAUCGAGUGA